UGAUCUUUUGCGCAUGCGAACUGACGCAUCGGUAACAAUACGUACGAAAUAGAGCACAUACUCAUGCUCAUAGAUCGUUCAUUCUGCAACUAUAUUCAUAGAAUUCUACUUCCAUAGGCAUGCGCGAUGCAAAUUGAUUCUCGGAAUUUCGCAUUUAGUCGAGUAACCUAACUUAACCUAAAUCAACCUUACGAAUGCCAAAUACCGCCAGCUAAUCUGGAGACAGAUUGCUUUACAAUGUAACUCAAUUUACAGCGGGCAAUUUUUUAAUAAAUUAUUCUAAUUGUAGCAAGGUUAAAAAAAUAUAGUAUUCAUUUGAAACAAAUAGAAACAACGACACGACUUUUCGUACGCAUUGUGAACAGGAUUGCAAUUGACAUAUGUACACCAAUUCAAUGUAUGCACCCAAUUAAAUCCUGUUGUUUACAUCUUUCUUUGACUUCUUAAAUUGAGUUUUUGAUGGGAGAUUGUUAUGCGUUCAAAGUAUUUAAAUAGAUUUGAACGCGCUACACGCUCCUGGCACAGAAUACAUCUGCCAAUCACAACAAUAAACAUGUUUAUCAAUUGUCAAGUACUGGCUCAAUAAACUUCCUUAAGAACAUGGAGUAUUGAUUGCGCGUUGAUUCAAACGUUCCUUAAUCCAUGCGAUCAAAAUGUUUGUCUAUCUGAGUAAAAAGAUUGCGAUACCGAACAACUUCCGGCUCAACUGUAUAGCAUGGAAUCAGAAGGAAGGUUACAUAGCAGUCGGCGGAGAAGACGGUUUGCUGAAAGUACUUCGAGUCGACUCGAAUCCUAGCGGGUCGACCGGUGGAGGAAAGGCCCGCAAUGUAGCGACUGCUAGUAAUCUGAGCAUGAAUCAAACAUUGGAAGGGCACAACGGUCACGUGCAAGUCGUCACCUGGAACGAACAGCAUCAGAAGCUGACAUCCAGCGACGACACUGGAUUAAUAAUCGUUUGGAUGCUGUACAAAGGUUCCUGGUACGACGAGAUGACAAACAACGGCAACAAGUCCAUAGUGAAAGGAAUGUCGUGGAGUUCGGACGGUCUAAAGAUAUGCAUAGUUUACGAAGAUGGAACUGUCAUCGUUGGUUCUGUGGACGGCAAUAGAAUUUGGGGAAAGGAACUGAAAGGCGUGUCUCUUGCUGCCGUUCAAUGGUCACCGGACGGAAAGCUGUUACUGUUCGGCUUGAAGACCGGUGAGAUUCAUCUGUACGAUGACCAGGGUGUAUUUUUAACAAAGUUGAAUACGAUAUCGAUGAACGCUGGUCAGAUCCAAACGAUCGUGGCGUUGCACUGGUACGAUGGCAGGAAUGGUUACGUGGCCCUGGACUGUCCAACACUGGCCAUUUGCUACAAAAAUGGCAAGAUACAGCUGAUGCGACACACGAACGACGACAAUCCGAUUCUCCUCGAAACCGGUGUGACAGCUGCAUGGUGUUGUUGGAACAGCCACGGCUCUUUGUUGGCGGUGACAGGUAUGAUGCCGUUGCUGGGAAACGGGGAGACAAAGGAUACGAACGUGAUUCAAUUUUAUACACCAUUCGGUAAACAUAUGAGGACUUUAAAGGUACCCGGUAGAGAAGUGACCAGCUGCGCCUGGGAAGGUGGCUCGCUCAGAGUAGCCUUGUCCAUCGAUUCGCAUAUAUACUUCGCCAACAUUCGGCUAGACUACAAAUGGACUUAUUUCAGUAAAACGGUCGUGUACACGAACGAGAAGAUCGGCAAGGACGGGAUCUCCAUUAUGUUCUGGAACACGGUGAACAACACGUGCUACACGAAACACGCGAGAUCAUUGAUCUCGAUAGACUCGCACGGGGAGCACUGCGUGCUAGCAGUAAUGAACGAUCCGACACAAGGUACAGAGCAGUUCGCUCUUCUGGUCUGCAACUCCAUAGCAACCCCGGUGGACGCGAAGUUCGUCAAUCUGGAGCCGUUGUGGGUGAGCAUGACGAACAGCCUGGUGAUCACCGCGUCGAAGAACAACUUUCUCGUGUGGAAUUAUCGUACUCCCCGGAACGGGUCGUUGCACGCGAGCAAGCCGAAACGAGAAAAGAUCUACCACGUGGACGAGACGCCGACUGGUGUGACGGAAGUGAUCCAAGAUCUGGACAAGGACAGAUCGUUCGAGACGCCGAUCAACACGAAGCCGACCAUGGACCCGAUCUGCUGUUUGUCCGCGUCCGAGACCGUUCUAUUGAUCGGCAGAGAAUCGGGCAUGAUUCAACGUUACUCCUUGCCGCAGGUGACCCUUACCAACCGAUACAACACGACCACGAAGCUGUACAAAAUCGCGAUCAACUGCGACUCGUCCCGCGCCUCUAUCAUGGACACGUGCGGCGUGCUGACGAUGCUGGACCUGGAGACGGACAGCAGAAAGCCGCCGAAAGACGGCGAGUCGGCGGACGACAUCAAGAAGUUCGAGAGGAAAGACGUGUGGGCGAUGUGCUGGGCGGAGGACAACCCGGUUCUGCUGGCGAUCAUGGAGAAGACCAGGAUGUACGUGUUGAGAGAAUUCGACCCUGAAGAGCCGAUCUCCUGUUCCGGUUACAUCUGCUCGUUCAAAGACCUGGAGAUCCGCUGCGUCCUGUUGGACGACCUGAUGCAGAAGCCGGACGACGCGAGGAACGAGUUGAUAGUGGACCUCGAGGUGAAGUCCUUGAGGGACACGAGGGAGCUGCUGAUCAAGGUCGGCUCGAAAGAGGCGAACAACUUUAUCCAGGACAAUCCGCAUCCACGGUUGUGGCGUCUGCUGGCGGAGUCGGCGCUGCAAAAGUUGGACCUGGAGACGGCGGAGAACGCGAUGGUACGUUGCUCGGAUUACUUGGGUAUACAGUUCAUCAAACGUUUGCAGAACGUGCACAACGACCAGCUGAAGAGGGCGGAGGUGGCGGCUUAUCUGGGCAACUACGACGAGGCGGAGAAGCUGUAUUUGGACAUGGACAGGCGGGACCUGGCGAUUACCUUGCGGCAGAAGCUGGGCGACUACUUCCGCGUGGUGCAGCUGAUGAAGAUGGGCAUCGGCGGCUCCGACAAGCAGAUGGAGCACGCUUACAACAAGAUCGGCGAGUACUACGCCGAGAGACAGAACUGGGAGGGAGCUAGGGAGUACUAUGAAAAGAGUAGGAACCUGGAGAAGUUGGUCGAAUGCUACUACAAGCUGGAGGAUUUCAAUCAGCUCGCUGGAACGGUGCAACAAUUGCCGGACAAGAGUCCUUUGCUGAAGACGGUGGCCAGGCUGCUGGCGUCUGUGGGCAUGUGCUCGCAGGCCGUCGCCGCUUACAUCAAAUACGGGGACGUGAAGCUGGCCGUGGACACGUGCGUCCGGCUGAACCACUGGGACCAGGCGGUCGAGCUGGCGAAGACCUACAAAAUGGCGCAGAUCGGCGAGCUGCUGAACAAGUACGCUGUCCACCUUCUGUCCAAUGGCAAGAGGCUGCAAGCGAUAGAGCUGUACAAGAAAGCGAACUACAAUCUAGAGGCGGCGAAGUUGCUGCUUCAGCUGGCCGAGGAACAGGCCAAGUGCAGGACCAGCCCGCUGCGCGUGAAGAAGAUCUACGUUCUUGCGGCGUUGCUGAUCGAGGACCAUAUAAACAGCGCGCCGUCGGUCAAGGGCACCCGCAGCAACGUUGUAAUGGGUCUCGCUGAGAACAACGAGGACACCCGCGUGAUAGAGAACGCCUGGCGUGGCGCGGAGGCCUAUCACUUCCUUCUGUUGGCGCACAGGCAGAUCUACUCGGCGAACUUCGACGCGGCCAUGAAGACGGCGCUCCGUCUUCGCGACUACGAGGACAUCCUGGAACCCGAGCACGUGUAUUGUUUGCUGGCGUUGUCCAGCGCCGUUAAUCGCGCUUUCGCCGUCUGCUCGAAGGCGUUCGUCAAGCUGGAGUCGCUGGAGACCGUGCCGGACCCGGCCAGGGAGGAGUACGAGAACUUGGCGGUGGAUAUUUUUACGAAGCACAGCCCGAAGGACGCGCGCAACGCGAAGGCCGAGUGCGCGAACUGCGAGAGCCUCGUGCCGGAUUGGUGCGUCGCCUGUCCGAACUGCAUGACCAGAUUUCCUGCCUGUAUCGUGUCCGGGAAACCGUUGAUGGACCUCAGCAACGCUUGGAUAUGCACCGUUUGCAGGCAUCACGUAGCCACCGAGCGGGACGUCGUUAAUAUUAAUGCCUGCCCCUUGUGUCACAGCACCGUCACGUACAUGUAGAUGACGACCGGCUUGGCCGUUUGGAAUCGUUUCGCGAGCACAGCGAACCGAGCAUCGGAUCUCAUAAUCGUUCACGCUUGAAUAUCUUUUAUACCGUUACGCUGUUUUAUGGACCGAGAGUACGUCGCGAGAUUUAGGCGCGCGUUUUUUGUACUCGCGCGACGAAUGUUCGUUGGAACAAUAUGUAAUCGGCGUCUAUUUGAGUCAUCGUUAUGAAUCGUUUGCAGAUUCAUUUAUUGUUGUUCGCAAUCUCGUUGAAACUUGUAUGCUCGCUACUUCUUUGCCCCGCGGCCGGUAACAGCGAUAUCGAUACCGGCCAUUUGGAAUCGUUUCGCGAGCACAGCGAACCGACCAUCGGAUCUCAUAAUCGUUCACGCUUAAAUAUCUUUUAUACCGUUACGCUGUUUUAUGGACCGAGAGUACGUCGCGAGAUUUAGGCGCGCGCGUUUCUUUUUUCUCGCGCGACGAAUAUUCGUUGGAACAAUAUGUAAUCGGCAUCUAUUUGAGUCAUCGUUAAGAAUCGUUUGCAGAUUCAUUUAUUGUUGUCCGCAAUCUCGUUGAAACUUAUAUCCGCUAUACUUCUUUGCUCCGCUCGCUUUUACCCGCGGUCGGUAACAGCGAUAUCGAUACCGUCCAUUUAUACGAGUAUUAUCAUAUCAUCCCAACGGCAGGAUAUAUUUCUGUAAAGUUGUUUACACGGUUAUUGCACGAAGAUAUAUAUAUAUAUAUACAUAUAAAUAUAUUUUGAACUGA